AUGGAUGACCGUCGAGACAACACCGGAGGGGGCAGCCGUUACAAUGGACCUCCGCCCGAUGUUGGCCUUCCACCACCCCCGAUCAAGAUCCGUCGGAAACCACGACAACAAGCACCUCAGGAGACUGUCCAGCAAUUCUGGGAUAAAAUGAACUCCAAAUACCCUGGGAAGGUCUUUACCGUGCUACCCAACAAUCCCUAUGCUCGGAAGAAAGCCGCCAAAACUCCUCAUGGCACCGUUUCCGGCCAACGUGCUGCUAAAUCGUACGAGGAGGCCCGGGCCGAGUGUAUCAGGGACGUGGACAGGAUCAUCAAGGAAUGUCGUAGGUUGAAUCAGAAGUAUCGUGAUCUACACUUUGACAUCGAGUGGGAUCUCAAAUCCGGACAGCGAAAUUGUCUGGAUGGCCUAAGUACGCCAGGUGAUUCCAUGAAGCCGAAAGGUGUGAAGCGAGUUACGGACAUCUUUGAGAAACCGCAGUUCUACAUCAACGGUCCCACCGCUGGCGAUGUCAGGCAGGGUCGAGAUGGAGAUUGCUAUUUGAUGGCGGCUCUUUGUGGACUGGGUAAUAUGGAAGGGUUGAUUGAUAAAGUCUGCGUCAAGCACGAUAUGGAUGUGGGCGUCUAUGGCUUCGUCUUCUUCAGAGACGGUGAAUGGCAACAUACCAUCAUCGACGACAAGUUAUACCUCCGUGCACCCGAUUAUGACGAAGCACAAGACGAAAGAGUGGUCUGGGACGACAUCAAUCGGGCCGACAGCGCGGAAGAAUAUCGCAAAGCCCAUCAGACUGGUUCCAGAGCACUGUACUUUGCGCAGUGUAGCGAUGAAAACGAAACUUGGCUGCCAUUGCUUGAAAAGGCAUAUGCCAAAGCGCAUGGUGACUUCGCUUCCAUCGAUGGCGGUUUCACCGGCGAGGCCAUUGAGGACUUAACUGGCGGCGUGACAACAGAGAUCUACAGCACCGACAUCCUCGAUCGCGACGCCUUCUGGAGGGACGAAUUGAUGCAAGUAGGGAAGUCGUUUCUCUUUGGCUGCGCCACGGGGUUCUACUCCAACUGGCUGAAUACAAGCGGCGUUCCACGUGAACGCGAAGGGAUUUCCGAAGGCCACGCAUACAGCAUCAUGGACGCGAAGGAGAUAAACGGGCAGCGACUUCUCAAACUUCGCAAUCCUUGGGGAAAGAAGGAAUGGACGGGCAAAUGGAGUGAUGGCAGUUCCGAAUGGACCCCCGAAUGGAUGCAUUUGCUCGAUCACAAGUUCGGAAACGAUGGUAUAUUCUGGAUCAGCUAUGAGGACUUGCUCAAGAAAUAUCAGCAUUUUGAUCGCACCAGGAUUUUCGGGCCGGAAUGGAACGUCACCCAGUGCUGGACGAGCGUCAACGUCUCAUGGUCGGCUGAGUAUCACAGCACAAAAUUCUCGUUGACCUUGGAAAGGAAGGCCCGCGUUGUGAUUGUAUUGGCUCAGCUCGAUGACACCUAUUUCGGUGGCCUAGAGGGCGGAUACGGAUUUGAUCUUCAAUUCCGUCUGGAAUCUGAUGACAAAGAGGAUGAGGACGAUUAUAUCGUUCGAUCGAACGGCAACUACGCCAUGGCGAGAUCGGUGAGCACUGACACGGAAUUGGAAGCAGGCACGUACUCGGUCUUGAUGAAGAUCACAGCCACAAGGCACACCGACAGAGAACACCUCGAAGAUGUGCUGCCGGUCUACGCAGCCACGAGACGCGAGAAGCUCAUCCAGAUGGGCCUAUCCUAUGACCUGGCACAUGCCAAAGGCGUUAUCGUGGAAACGGAAGCGGAAAGACAAGAGCGCAAGGCGCGGAACAAAGCUCGAAAGAUCAAGGAGAGGCAAAAAUUGAAGGAGAAAAUGAAAGCCCAGGCGGAGAAACACUGGAGGAAGGAGAGAGAAAGACACAAGAGAGAGAAGGAGAGGCAGGCGAGAAAUCGCCAGCGAAGGGAGAGAAAGGAACGAGCCGAUACGAAACUCCAGGAAGCUGGGGGUGCUGAUCUUAUCAUCCUCCCUGAUGCGGUCGAGAAGGAGAGACCCGAACGGCUUGUCUCUUCGGACAGGCCCAAGCAAGAAAACGAAGGUGUGGAAAAUGACCAAGCUGUGGCCGAGCAGACCGUCUCCAAGUCGUCUCGUGCUAAAGAUGUCAUGGUCAUGAAGGGCCACGAUACAACGGACAAUCCACCAAGAGAUUCAGGUCCUCAAUCAACGACCACGCCAACUGAACAUGUCUCCGCUGCCAAUGUCGUACAAUCUCUGGACGAAGUCAUCAAAGCCGCCGAUGCAGAAACGCAAGCAAGUCGGCCUGAAGCUACUUCCGAGGAGAACACACCGGCACCAGAGGAGAAACCACCCACGACCAGCGUCAAAGCCGACGGCGUUGCUACCGCUACUGUUACAGACGUGCAUCCGCUCCUAACAUCACCUCCCAUCUCUCAUCCUGAGCACGAAGUCUCAAAUGACUACGGUCCCGACUUACACGACGUGAUGAACGGCAGUCGAGGGCAUCCUCAGCGAAGCGACACCCUCGACACAACAGCAGCAAUGAUCGGCAUUGGCAUGGGCGCUGGCGGAAGCGAAGGCAGCAACGACGACAUGCUGCCUGACCUCGACAUCCCCGCAGUUCAUGAAAACGACGACAUCGCCGCAGAAGACGGUCACACAUCUGAUGCUGACUCCUUCCCCCCCUUCGACUGGAAUUCAGAACUCGACAUGCCCUCUGAGCUGUCCAGCUCCGAGGAAUCCUCAUCCUGCUCACACCGCGGCCGGUACCGACCUGGAGGAAUGCGCUCUCGACGCCGACGCCGGUCUCGCGGUAGUCACCGCCAUGGUCGUGGCGGAGGAGGCGGGCUUAUCUCCCCUCCGCCCGGUGUGACAGAUAUAGACGCCAAAUCUGCCGACGAAGCCAACGGGCCUGAAGAACCCUGGAAUGCCGUCUGUGUCGUAGGCUUGCGCGUCUAUUCAACACUUGACGGUGAGGAGGUUAAGCUGCGUGUUGUCAGGUUGAGAGGUGAUGAUAGUGAAAGUGAGGAUGACGCCGGAUCUCAUGCUGAUGAUGAGUUUGAGAAAUUGUCAGGCAGUCAGAUGAAAUUAGAUCCGGAUGAUAUCUCGAAGGGCGCGAUGUCGGUGGCCGUUGCGAGGGACAAUCCUUUUGUCGAAGAGGAUGUGAAGGAUGAGCCAAAGGCGACGGAUGUCAUGAAACGAGGCAAUUCGUCGGCGUAUGCAUAUCGAAUGUGA